AGGGCCCUUCGGCCUCACUGCGUGCCUCAGUCGAGGGACCGCGGCGGUCGAAGGUCGAUCGUUGCUCAGAUGCGCUCUCCUUUUGAGCCAAAAGUCGCUCCGCACUCUCUCUCUCUCAUCUCCUUCCUUCUUUUGCCUCGCAGUGCAGGCAGCAGCGAAGCGAACCGAAGCUGGAUCGAGUGGUGAUGCGCACGGCGCUGUCAUUUUGAGCCGGAGGAGAGAGGAAUGGGGGAGCUAGGUUACUGCUGAGGGAUAUUUUUAUGCGAGGGCGAUGGAGAGGCGCGGGGGGCCGGCGAUGGCGCCGCUGAGCGCGGCGACGGUAGUGAGAGGGGAGGAGAGGUGGCGGCAUUUUGACAACUCGGUGAACGCCGUCUCGUUUGGGUUCGUGGCCACCGCCGUUCUCAUCUCCAUGUUCCUCGUCAUGGCCAUCUUCGAGCGCUUUCUGCGCUCGAGGUCGCCGCUAGCGGAAAACGGCAGGGGAGGCGGCGGCGAUGCCGACUUUGGGAGGCGGAUGUGGUCGUCGCUGGAUCCGGAGGUGCAUGCCAGCAAGAUGGAGUACUCGUCCUCCAAGAGAAGUCUAAUUGAUAAGCCUACAAAGGCGGGCGCAUCCAAAAUAUUGUGUUACAUGACAAUUCAAUGAAGACAAUUUAGUUCAUCAGCACAGGAAAAAGAUUUGUUGAAUAGGGAGAUUUCAAUGUAUUCCAAGGAGGUAUCUGUGUUGAUGCCUGGCUAUAGCACACCGACUUUCAUCGCGUAUCCUGCUCCCACUCCCGCUCUUGCUCCCUGGCCGCCUUCUCACGAGAAUUGCUAGCUCACCGAAAACCAGAGACCGCCGAGGCCUCAGAAUCCAGCGAACAUGAGUUCCACUUAGCAAAUCUGAACUCUCUCGUGUCUGGGAGCCAUCUUGAUUAUUUGGUAAUGUCAGACAUUGUGUAUAGUUCUCUUUAUGGACUUCGAAGAAGCAUGCUGCUGCCCCUGUUGCUCUCACGGCAGCAGAGAGGUAGCUUUCUCAAGCAUUGACUUGAAUCUUUUAGAGAUGACUUUAAUUCUAAGCUUUGGUCUAGCUUGAUAUCUAA